AUGCUCGAGGCAGCUCCUGGCUCUCUGCAGGGCCCUGUCCGCAGCGCUCUCGAGAGCAGAGCGCGCGCUGGGCAGACUUGGACGUUGCGUCGCCGUCAUUCUACCUUCUUCCUCCUCACCAUCAAGAUUGCCCAACAUCAUCUUCGACACUUAACCAAUUUGCAACUCGCUGCGAUCGUUUCAUGUCCGCCUCUCACCACAGCCUGGAUUUCGCCUCACUACACCAUCGCUCUUAUUCGACCCAGAAGCAUGUCACGCAUUGCACCGUCCGCCCCUGCUUCGCAGGAUGACUACGACGCCGCCGCCGCUGCCGAGCUCAAGCGCAAGCGAACUUUCCGCAAGUUCACCUACCGUGGUAUCGAGCUCGACUCGCUGCUCGACAUGACCAACGAGGACUUCAUGCAGGUCGUCCACGCCCGUGCCCGCAGAAAGUUCCAGCGCGGCCUUAAGCGCAAGCCCAUGGGCCUCAUCAAGCGCCUGCGCAAGGCCAAGGCCGAGUGCCAGCCCAACGAGAAGCCCGCCAUGGUCAAGACGCACCUGCGUGACAUGAUCAUCGUGCCCGAGAUGAUCGGCUCCGUCGUCGGCAUCUACACCGGUCGCUUCUUCGUCAACACCGAGAUCAAGCCCGAGAUGGUCGGCCACUACCUCGGCGAGUUCGCCAUGACCUACAUCCCCACCCGCCACGGCGCCAAGGGUAAGGGUGCCACCGUCGACCGCUUCCUCCCCAUCCGAUAA